UUUUGUAUUAUUUUUGCCUUCGUUAUAUAGUUCAGUCACUGUUCUAUAAUAUAUCCCAUCUGAAUUUUUUUUGUUUGCUAUUGGUUCUUCUAGUGGCAGUGUUUACUGUCUUGAGGGAAAAUUGUAAUUUUUUUCUAGAAAAUAAACAACUUUUUUACUUCGGAUUUCACUAUUAAGUCUUUGGCUCUUCUGCCUUAGUAGUGCUUGGAUUCUGCCUGUGGUUAUCCUGAUCACCUUCUUCUGAAUUGCUGCCUAGACAAGUAACUAGAGUUGUGUUGAUACUGCCGUUUUCAGGAUCUGUGUAGGCUAAUUUCUUCUUUACCUGUCAUGAAUCUUGGUUUUUAGUGUGCUCACUUUCUGUUUAACUGGUGGCUUGAUGCCAUUGCUUGAGCUCUUCUUGAAGAGUGACCUCGAAUAGGUCUUCCUCAGCACCACAGAAACCUACAUGCUUCAUGUAGUAGUUUUUAACUGAUGACCUAAUGCACUAAUUUGCAAGGAUUUAAUGUGCAUCUGGUUUUCAGAAGGUUAAAAAUAAUUCUGCAAUUUAGAAAAGUUCAGUUUCUAAGUAUAGGUUCUCACUUAUUUUAUGUACUGCAAAAAUCAAGCUGCUCUUUUAUUCUUCUGUAAUGGGAGGUCACUAGAUUUAUAAAUCUAAAUCUCAAAUACUGUGAAAUAAGUUUGAUUUUUUCCCCCCAUUGUUUACUUCUUAACUGUGAGAAUUGGAAGUCUUCCUAGUCCUUUUUGUGUAGGACAGUGCAGAUUUGAAUGAGUGGGUGUUGGAUAUGUUUCUCCAUGGUUUAUAGUGGAACAUAUGGUACUUCUCUGCACUGGAAUAGUUCAGAUUGAUGUGGAAGUUUGCUGUUUGAUAGUUCUUUUUCUUCUUGGUACCACUUCACUAAACAUAGGAAAAAGAUGACAAAAAAGAAAUUAAAGAUCAGACAACCUCAUUGCAAUAUUUCUGUGUGAAACUUGGGGAACAUGUGUCAUCAUUCAAAUUCUGAAAUGUUUUCCAGACUGAGCUAGCUGAAAACCAGUAUUUGUAAGCCAGAGACAGUAAAAUCGCUUUAAAAGAAAACAGUGUAAUUUGAUGACUUCUGCAGUGUGAGAACUUAAUGUAGUAGGUUGUAAGCAAACAUGACCUGCUCUAUUAAUUAACUAGAAUGCUGGUCAAGUUCUGUAACAAUACAAUUUUCAGAAUAAUUUGAAAAAUAUAAUACAGCUAUGUAUUAUGAAAGAUAACAUUUUAUUUUUAAAGGCAUUGGCUUUGUGUGGUGUUUUCUGACUAAGCAAUUUGACUUGCUGCAAAAAAAAGUUAAAUGAGCUUUUUCAUUUUUUGAUUUCUAAUUUUUUCUUGUAAAGGUGCUUAUGCCAUCCCAUGCUCAAAAGAAAGGAAAAAUUUAUAGUUCAAGUUUUAGCACAACAAACUGCUCCUCUGCCAAUGAAAUGAUUUUCAUCUAUAAUGUAGUCUUUAAUUAAUUUGUGUUUAAAUAAAAGGGAUUUCAGAAGGUUUACUUUCCAGCCCCAUUAUUUAGAGACAGAUUCAGAAUUAUGCCUCAACUUAGUGACACAAGGCAAACUUAAAAGUGUGGUUAAACCUAAGAGUUGCUAUGACUUUUCAAUUGUCAAAACAAUCUUGAAUCUGAAAUUACUUUAAGGAUUUUCUCCGUCCAUAUAUUGUGAGUUUUCCAUCAUUAUUAGACAGAAUACAAUGACUCAAAUUACCAGGAUAGUAGGGUUUCACCAUAAAUCUGAGUCUAUUGGUUGGUAAAAGGACUUAUUAGUAGCAUAUUAGAGGGGCUGUUUUCUGUGCUCCUACAGUACUGACUUGCAAAAUAGUAUGAGGUUUACAUUGUUUAGUUUCUGUGAGGUGACAUAAAAGUUAGUGCCACCACGGUGUGUACACAUCCAUGUACAUUGUACGAAAGUCUGAAGCUCUGUUAACACAAGUUACUCAUUUAUUCCCAAAUGACUACAGCUGUGUUACUUUGAUAUGUCUCUUCCACAGACACCAAAGAUGCUAACAAGGAAGAUUAAGCUUUGGGACAUUAAUGCCCAUAUAACCUGUCGUCUGUGCAAUGGAUACCUGAUUGAUGCUACUACUGUAACAGAAUGCUUGCAUACUUUCUGUAGAAGCUGCCUAGUGAAAUAUUUGGAGGAAAACAACACCUGUCCAACCUGCAGGAUUGUUAUACAUCAGAGCCACCCAUUACAGUAUAUUGGUCAUGACAGAACAAUGCAAGAUAUUGUUUACAAACUUGUGCCAGGCCUCCAAGAAGCGGAAAUGAAAAAGCAAAGGGAGUUUUAUCACAAACUGGGCAUGGAAGUUCCAGGGGACAUCAAAGGGGAGACAUGUUCUGCAAAACAGCACCUAGAUUCUCAUCGAAAUGGUGAAACUAAAGCAGACGAAAAUAUAAAUAAAGAAACUUCAGAGGAAAAACAGGAAGAAGAUAAUGACUACCACCGAAGUGAUGAACAGGUAAGCAUCUGCUUGGAGUGCAAUAGCAGCAAACUGCGUGGAUUGAAACGAAAAUGGAUUCGUUGCUCUGCACAGGCAACAGUCUUGCAUCUAAAGAAGUUCAUUGCCAAAAAACUCAACCUUUCUUCUUUUAAUGAGCUGGAUAUAUUAUGCAAUGAAGAGAUUCUUGGCAAGGACCACACGCUCAAGUUUGUAGUUGUUACUAGAUGGAGAUUUAAGAAAGCACCUCUACUGCUACAUUAUAGACCCAAAAUGGACUUGCUGUAAGGGAACUUUAUUGUCCUUCUGGACAGAGCUUUUUGCAGAGACUAUCAUCUGGCACCUUCUUAGUGCAUCACUAAUCACAUGACACAAACCAGCUGAAUAAUUUUGGAAGACUGGAGGGCUUUCAUAGUGGACUGUCCUGAAUAUUUCUUCUAGGGACGUGUUACCUAGACUUCUGGGCAGACAAUAUUUAUACCUUUUUUGUACGGAAGAAAGAAGUUUCAACUCAGCAAGACACUACCAGCAUUAAGUUUACAGAUACUGAAAACACUUCACAGUUCCAUGUAGCUCAGCCUGAUUUGUCUCUUACAGUUACACACAGAAAAAAAGUGUUGUGGGGUGAUAUAAAUAUGUUGCUUUUGACACCAAGUUGCAUUUAGUUACUUCUUGCAUUCUAAAUCUUUAAAAACUAUAUUUUUGCAAAGUGUUAUUGUCUUAUAUAGUAUGCCUGAUUGCAUUGGCUUUAUUCAAGUUAUUCUGUAGAGCAUUGAACAUGCCUGAUAAUACAGUGGUUGGUGAUAACUUAUUACGCUGCAUUGAAAACUUAAGAAAAUCUGGGAAACCAAUAAAUUUGUCAUUUUUGCCCAGUUAUUGUUCUCCCUCACCUUGUGUUUUAAUAAAGUUUUGAUACUUCUGUAUACAUGUUAAUUUGGUAAGACUAAUAUAAAUAAUUUCAGUUGAUUAUGUGCCGUGAUGCAUAUUUUGCUAUGGUAUAAAAUGCACCAUGUAAUGACAUACUCACAAGUGCUAGAUUUGUGAAUUUCUUAAAAUUAAACUUUUCUUAUAUAUUUGUGGCUUGCAGAAAUCAGUUUUUAAUUUAGAGAUAAUUUGCUAUCACUAGCUGUUGAAACAGUGGCUCUUGGACAACUUUGGGAGUAUUGGCAGAUUUUUCAUUUCACUGAUUAAAACUUCCUUAGGUACUAUGAGUAGCUUUGAAUUUCUUUAGCUGUUUUAUUAUGAAACCAUAGCAUUUUCCUUACAUCAAUUCCUAGCUUACAUGGGGUGGGGAGGAAGGGGGAGUCAAGACAAGAUUAUUUUAGCACCUUUUGGCCUUAACUAGUAAUUUUGCUUGCAUCAGCCCUAAUGGAUGCAAGGUAAUACACAUUCAUGUAUGUAUGGGUGCAUACAUCUAAAUACACAUGUAACUAUGUAUGUUAUAGAAAGCACCCUCAAUGGCACUUAGCAGGGCUCACUGCACUUUUUGUACGGAUUUUUGAAAUAAUUGGCUUUUAAAAUUCAUUGUUGAAAGUGAUUUCUGCAAGCUAUAUCCACUAUGUAUCAUCCAUAGUACGAUUGUAAGAACAUUUGUCUGGCACAGGUGUGAAGUCACUGAAAACAGUGUAUGCCCUAUUAUUGCCAGCUGGAAAUAGUUAACCUAAUUUUUGGAAGAGUUUUCCUGUCAGCUGAAAAUGCUAGUUGCUAUUUCUGUUAUUAAACCCUGUUAAUUUUUGAUAAAUUGUCUUUUGAUAAGAA